AUGUUGAAAGACAAUGAUAUUAACACACUAAAUUCCUCAAGUGAAACACUUCUGCAUGUUGCAGCUGCUAAUGGACAUGUAACCAUAAUGGAAUAUUUGAUGAGCAAAGGUGCAAAGGUAGAUGUGAAAGACAAGAAUGGAAGAACACCACUGCACAGGGCUGCUGAGAAAGGCCAUGAGGGUGCAGUGAAAGGACUGCUCCAAUCUGGUGCUUAUCUGUACAGUUUGAAUACAGAAGGCAAGACACCACUUCAUUUGGCUGCAAAGAAUGAUCACAGCCACAUAGUGACGAUGCUCCUGAAAGAAGAGGCAAGAAGCUACAGGAACCAGCACAACUUUUUGCACAUGGCAGCUCUUAAAGAUGAGACCAGUCUGGCAAAAAUGCUUUUAAAGGCUGGUGCCUCCAUUGAUGGAAAGGACGAAAAGGGACAGACUGCUCUCAGUUAUGCUGUGUUACGUGGGUCCGAAAGCACUGCAAAAGUACUGCUAGAAGCUGGAGCCAGCGUUGAUUCCAACAUGGUUGAAAGAGCCUUCAACAGCAACCACCCAUCCAUCUUCAAAAUACUACUAGAAUAUUCCAAAGAUUUGUCAUCUGAAAUAAUGGAGUCAGCUCUUUUCAGGGCUGUGCAGAAAAAUCUACCUGGUAUUGUAGCUGCUUUAAUUGACAGAGGUACGGAUAUAGAUGCCCUCAAUGACAUGAGGUACACUCCGUUACUCCUGGCAUGUGAAACAGGCAAAGCUGAAGCUGCAGAAGCUCUAAUUGAAAAGGGAGCAAACUUUGGAAUGAGGACUCCUGCUUCAGACACAGCUUUGCACUUGGCAGUUCAAGCUGGGGCUGAUUCCAUCGCACAUCUGCUUCUCCAGAAGGGGAUGGAAACUAACCUGAUCAACCAAGCCCAUGAAACCCCGCUGCACUUUGCUGCCCUUCAUAAUAAUGGAGCAUUAGUUGGCCUUUUAGUUAAUGCUGGAGCCCAAAUUAAUGCUGCCACUAAAGAGUUUGUUACUCCCCUGCAUAUUGUAAGUCAAAGAGGUAACACUGAUGCUGCCCAACAGCUCUUGCACCACAAAGCCCGUGUUAAUGUUAAGGAUAAGCAGUUAAAAUCCCCUUUACAUUUUGCUGCUGAAAGAGGAGACAAAGCAAUGGUAGAGAUGCUUCUGAAUGCUAACGCUGACCCCAACGCACAAGACAAAGAGAAGAAGACUCCCCUGCACACUGCAGCUGCGAGAGGACAUCUUGGCAUCGUGAAAGUUCUGUUAGCUGGAAAAGCAAGAUUUGGAGUGAAGGACAUGGACGGAUGCACUCCAAUGCACUAUGCAGCCAUGAAGGGAAACACAGAGAUAGUAAAAAUUCUUCUGGCAUCAGGGAAAAAUAAAAACAUUGAUGACAGAAACACUUGGAGAAAGACUGCACUGCAUAUUGCAGCAGAGCAUGGGCACAGCAACAUGAUCAACGUGCUGCUGAGACACGGGGCGGCCAUUAAUGCCUCAGACAGCAGCAGGGACACCGCGCUGCACUGCGCCUGCAAGGCCGGUCACUUGAAUGCUGUGAAUGCCCUCGUAAACUGGUCACAAGGAGAAAAAGCAAAUUUACUGGCUGCUAACAGCCUCCAAAAGACCCCACUGCAAGUAGCAGAAUUUAAUACAACAGAAAAUCAGGCUCAAAUCGUAACACUUUUGAAGAAGAAAAUGUUAAUAACAAAAUGA